AUGCGGACGCCGACGGAGAUGAUCGUGGGGAUGGUGCUGUGCCCCUGCGGGCUCCUGCUGACACUCACGGGCACGCUGGCACCCAGUUGGAGGCAGGUGAGCCUCGUACCUGACCAGCCCAUGGACGUCGUUUGGGAGCAGGGCAUCUGGGACAUAUGCCGGGAGCAGCAGAGCACCCAUGACCGCCUCUGCGGGCAGGCUGACGGGCUGGGCUACUUUGAGCAGGUGCCCGUGCGGGUGGCCCAAGGGCUGAUGCCCUCCUCGCUGGUGGUCACCCUGGUGGGCUUGGUGGUGGCUACCCUGGGUGUUCGCUGCUGGCAGCCGGAGCCCCGGCACCUGGUGGCCGGCGUGGCAGGGCUGGUGCUGCUCCUCUCUGGGCUGAUGAGCCUCGUGCCCAGCUCCUGGUACACCCAGGAGCUGUGGGCACUGCCUGCACCGCCUGGCAGCACGCUGACCAUAGGCUACAGCUUGGUACUGAGCUAUUUGGGAAGCUGUCUGGAGAUCCUGGGGGGGCUGGCCCUUGCCCUCAGCUUCCAUCACUACUGCAAGGAGCGCAGAGCUCCCAAAUUGUCCCCCACCCCUGUGACAGAGGCUGGGUCGUGCACCAGUGGAGCUUACAACAAUCCCUGGGACGUGCUGGAGGAUGAGCAAGAUGGACAGUGCUGGGGGAGAAGCCCACCCUGUGACUCUGACUUGUAG